AUGAAGUUUGGGGUUGAUAACUGCCUUGCAACAGAAGUAACCGAGACGAUUAAAGGUUACUUCUCCAUGGCACAUCCCAACUGGAAAUCCACUCCGAUCUACAUCAGAAGGACGUGGUUCAAGAUUUACGCUGGUGACUGGAUCGUGAAGGGCUAUGAGCGGUGCAAACCCACAACCAUCACCACGGACGUGUGGGAUGGCCUCAUCCGUUACUGGAGGGAUCCUGAUGCCAUGAGAGUCGCCCAGUCUUGCUCCGCCUCCCGUAACUCGGUAGAUGAGCACGGCCACAGGGCGAUGCAACAUAGUACGGGCCAAAAGCCACACGCCCGCGUCCGUUUGGAAAUGGCCAAGGAGUUGGGACGUUUACCGACUCUUAUGGAACUUUUCGAUCGGACCCACAAGAACAAGGCGGGCGCAUUUGUAGAUGAGAAGUCUGAGAAGAUCUACAAUGAUGUGGCAGCUCGUAUUGACGAGCGUGAGACCCAGCUGGCGCAGGAGUCCGCCGACGGAUCACCCGUCGUCUUAUCCACAAUAGAAGUGGAUAGAAUUUACGAGGAGUACGAUGUUAUUGGUAAUUAUCGGACAAGCUUUCAUCCGUACAAAAUUGGGUUCUUCCACGCGACUUUUGUUGCAAAACCAAAUGAUUUUCCAAGUGAAGUUCCCGAGAAGUAUUUGGCUGAUUACACUGAAAUUCCUGGUGGAAAAGCUGAUAACAGCUGUUUGGUUGGUAAGUAA